UAUAAACGCAAUGGAAAUGGAAUGCACGAGUGCGGCAUCUCCUCACGUGUGUUUCCUCCUUCACUCUUUUACAUUAAACGCAUUAAACACACAUUAAACCGUCCAAGUCCCAAGUUACAAACGUACAUAUACAUCUAUGCAUAUAUAUAUUUACGGACACGUAGUUAUGUGCCAUCAUAUUUUAUAUCCAUACGUGUGUAGAGGCAUAUAAGUGUACAAUAAUUAAUCAUAACAGAGAAACAAAACAGUGAAAUGUCGUCAAGACCGGAUCUUAUCGCUACAGACUUAAUAGACGGUAUAUGGCCUUUUUUACAAAGUAUUGAAUGGCGAGAUCCAUGGCUGGCUUUACUACUGACGUUCCAUAUUGCCGUCACUAUGACUGCAUUGAUGACACGCAAUCACGCCAACUUUCAAAUUUUACUGUUUCUUGUGUUGCUUCUACUCGUUUAUUUCUCUGAGAACAUUAAUGAAGUCGCAGCUACAAAUUGGAUGGUUUUUUCUAGGCAACAGUAUUUCGAUUCUAAAGGACUAUUCAUAUCCAUAGUUUUUUCGGUUCCCAUAUUAAUGAAUUGUAUGAUAAUGGUGGCAAGCUGGUUGUACCAAUCGAGUCAACUAAUGACCAGUUUGAAGAGAGCUCAGUUGCGCCAGCAAGCGAAAAAUCGACAGAAUAACGAAAACACAAAUGGCAAAGUGAAGCCAAAAAACGAUUGAAUUUAGGAUGCGAAUCUAGUCAGACCCCUGAGAAGGUGAUCGAUUUUUUUUUUAUUACGGGAGUGAUCGUGAAUUACAAAUCAUAGCGAUUUUCCGAAAAGUUGGAAGCGAAGCUAUUAAAAAGUUUAUGCAAGAAAAGAUCAGAUGGAGGAGUGACAAAGUGGUGAUGAGAGGAAGAAAAAUUCCAAAAAAUAUCGCAAAAAUCACAAAGUUUACAGACAUAUAUCUCCGUUUACUUUUCAUUUUUGUCAUUGCGCAAACGCAUUUUUCAUAUCUCAAAUAGGAUUUACUACUUUUUUUUCAAAUGUUUCACUUAUUCUACAAUACUAUUUCGAACACGAGUCACAUUCCUUCAGUUAUCGAGUUAUGUACGCUCGAAUUGUGAGAAGAAAAAAGUGGAAAAAGGAAAAGCAACCAAAAUUGAUGUACUUACUACUAAUGCAACAAUUGCAUAAUAUCGUUAUUAACUAUAUUGAUUGAGUAGUCAUUUUUUUGUUCAUUUUUUCUAAUUGAUCGUUUGAUGAAUUUUACGAAGAAAACGGUACAGUGAUACAAAACGAAUAAAGCGUGUUUUGUUGAUGCAUGAUAUAUUUGUUAAGUUUUUUUUUUCAGAAAAACUGUAAUUGGAGGAUCAUACAUAUUAAAGAUAUUAAUACCCGAACGUUCAACAAGAAAACGUUAUCUUGCCACUAUAACAUACUUCAUUAACUAACGCGAAAUACUGAAAUCAUUUUGUGUUAAACGUUCAGAUGAAUUAAGUUGGAUAUAUUUUUGAAAAAGCGAUUACGUGUAAACAUAAGUAAUAGCUAAAUACAUUGUAUGAGUCAGAAAGUCAUAAAA